CUUUAUGCCAUUACACUUUUGUAGACGAGCAGAUCAACACGCUUAGAAAAACUAAAAAAAAACCUCAUUUUGAAAUAGAAAACUAAAUUUUAAAGAACAUUUUAAAGACACGAAACGUGCUGCGCUGAAACACUCCAACCCUGGUUGCAUUUUCGCGAAUUCUCCCCGGCUUCCCAUUUCCACUUCUCAAUUCCGCUCGUGCGUUUGCGGCGGCUGUGAUUUAUCCCGGAUUGCAAUCGACUUUGGACAGGACACUCGCUCGCAAACUAGCUGAAAAUGGAGGCAGCCAUGCUGGAACUAAUCAACGGACUCCUGGCCACGGAUACGGAGCGGAUUCGCCAGUCGACCGACCAGUUGACGAAGGCCUACGAGAAUCCCGAUACCUUGCUGUGCCUCACCCAGAUCGUUACGUCGAACAAUGAGAUCCAGGUGCGCCAGUUCGCCGCCGUGCUCCUGCGGAAGCGACUCAACAAGCUGCGUCACUGGCAGAUGGUUCCUGCCGAGCACCAGGCAGCUAUUAAAUCGACCAUGCUGCAAGUCCUCAUCACGGAGAAGGAGAGGAGCGUGAAGAGCGCGGUGGCCCAGCUGAUUGGCGCCCUGGUACGCCACGAGGCGGAGAAGGGAGACUCCUGGAUGACCGAGCUGCUCAAGUUCGUCUACGAACGCUGCAGCAGUUCCGAUCCCAAGGAGAGCGAGCUUGGUGCCUCCAUCUUCGCCACACUCACGGACUCGGCUCCCGAUCAGUUCGCACUCCACAUGGAGGCCAUCUUCCAGCUGUUCGCCAGCGUUCUAGUUGCCGCCGAGGCAUCCGGCGACCUGGCCACACCCACCGUGUACGAGAUGCUGGUCGGCACCUGCUACCUGCUGCCGUUCAUCAGUGGCCACAGUGCUGCGGAGCAGACGGUCGUCAAGGCAAUGCCGCUGAUCCUGAAGGCUCUGCACGCCUUCGCCCAGAAGGGGGAUGAACAGAAGUUCUCGGGUGCCUUUGAUAUUGUGGACGCCAUGGCCGAGUAUGUGCCCCAUUUGCUGAGCACCAAUGUGAAGCCGCUGCUGGAGUUCAGUCUGGUCAUAGCGGGCGACAAGCAAUUCGAGGACUCCAUUCGCUGCCAGGUGAUAACCUUCAUUGGCGCUCUUGGACGCAUCAAGAAGAAGGUGAUAUUGAAGCAGAAGCUGCUCGAGCCCAUUCUAUCCGUUUUGUUUGAGGUGAUGUGUCAGCACGACAUUGAGGAAGACGAUGAUUACUUUAGCGAGGAGAGCGAGGGCAAGCCAGCGGCCGCAGCUGCGCAUACCCUAGACCUGAUGGCUCUUAACAUGUCACCCGAGAAGUUCAUUCCGCCCAUGCUCCAGCUCUUGGAGCCGGCGCUCCAUAACCCGAAUCCUGCGUAUCGUCGCUCCUCCUUCAUGUGCAUGGGCCUCAUUGCAGAGGGUUGCUCCGAGGCCAUUACCAACAAGUAUCUGGAAAUCAUGUUGAACAUUAUCAAAUCUGGAAUUGCUGACUCUGUGCUGUUGGUGCGCGCCUCUGCCUUCUUCGCACUUGGCCAGUUUUCCGAGCAUCUGCAGCCAGAAAUCUCGAAGUUCGCUUCACAGAUUCUGCCCGUCCUCUUCGCCUACUUGAGCCAGCUGGUAUUGGAACUCAAGGUGGGUGAGCCGGACCGCAAGCACGUGGAUCGUAUGUUCUAUGCCCUGACCACCUUCUGCGAGAAUCUGGAGGAUGAGCUUAUUCCCCAUUUGCCCACACUGAUGGACCGUCUGUUCAGUAUUCUGGAGCCCCAGCACCCCAUAAGUGUGCGUGAGAAGGCCGUGGAUGCUAUCGGUUCGGUGUCCGGCGCUGCUAAGGAGCACAUGAUGCCGUACUUCCCCACUAUCAUGAGCAUACUGCAGCCCUUCCUGGUAAAGGAUUGCCCCGAAGAAGCCCAAGGUCUGCGUCUCGAAGCCAUCGAGGCACUGGCCGCGCUCAGUCGCGACUUGGGCAAGGAUAACUUUAUGCCGCUGGCCGAUGACACCAUGAACUUCUGCCUGUUGAUGUUGGCCGAUGGCCCCGACGACCCAGACGUCCGCAGGGUCAUUUACCGCUUGAUAGGCUCUCUCGCUACGGUGGUCAACGAGAAAAUGGCCACAGUGUUCCCCAAGAUCAUGGAUCGUGUAAUGGAGUCGGUGAUCUCUUCGGAGGAUGUGGUGCCAUAUGUGUCUGACAAGACCGAGUUGGAUCAGGUCCUAGAUGCGGCCAACGUAGAGAUCGAUCUGGAGGACACCGACGACGAGGACGACUCUGAGGACCUAUUGGCCUACCAGACGGAGAACGACUUUGUCGCCGAAAAGGAGGAGGCUAUUUAUGCGCUUAAGGAAUUUGCCGAGAGCACGGGUUCCGCCUUCGCGCCCUAUAUGCAGUCGGCGUUCGAGAACGUCUACAAGGUGAUUGAUCAUCCGCAGGAUGAAAUCCGAAAGGCGUCCAUUAGUGCCAUCUGCGGGUUCAUGUUGGCGCUCGACAAGUCGAGCGACGCUGACGGUUUAGCGCGAGCCAGCACAAUUGUCAUUCCAAAGCUUGCGACGCUGUUGCGAACUGACGACGAAGUGUCGGUCGCAAUACACCUGCUGGAGCAGCUCGGCGAUCUCAUGCGGGAAGCCAAGCUGCCGGUCAUAAGCAACCCGGAACACGUCGACCUGAUCUUCGGCGGCAUCAAGGACGCCAUUGGCAACAAACUGGCCUGCCAGUUUAACGAGCAGAGCGGCGGUGGUGAUGAGGAGGACGGGGAGGACAGCGAGUACGACGAGAUGCUGAUCGAGGUUGCUUUCAAUCUGGUGCCCACGCUUAAGAACAGCGUUCAGCCGGAGGCCUUCUCGAUGUUCUUCGGUCGCAUCUACCAAUUCUUCGUUCAAAAGCUGGCCAAGGCCAAGAAGCAAGAUAUGCCCGAGCACCGGGCAUACAUCUAUGGCUCUCUGGCCGACUGCUUCCAGGCGCUGAAGGGAUGCACGGCUAUCUAUUUCGACGCCCUGUACCCGCUUUUUGUCGCAGGAACCAAGGACUCUGAUGCCAGGACGCGUCAGAACUGCUAUUACGGACUGGGUGAAAUGGUUUUCAAUGCCGAGGAGAAAUCAUUCGAAUCAUAUCCGGCAAUCCUGCAAGCCCUUUCCGAAGCGAUCAGCAGGGAGUCCGAUCCCCCUGCCCUGGACAAUAUUUGCGGAGCAGUGGCGCGCCUGAUCUGCACCAAUCAUGAGGCUGUGCCGCUUGGCCAGGUGCUGCCCGUCUUCCUCAACCACUUGCCGCUGAAGGAGGACUUCGAGGAGAACGACAUGAUUCAGAAGGCGUUCCGCCUGCUCUACUUGAAGGCUCUGCCCAGCAUUGAGCCCCAUCUCGAGCAAAUGCUGAUCAUCACCAUCGACUCGGUGUACAAGAAGCAGAUGGGAGACGAGGAGGCCCUCGAGAGCGCGGUGGCCUUCAUCAAGGAGAUUCGCACCCAGUAUCCGGACACAUUCAACAAGGUGGCCAACUCGAAUCCGAAGGUGUUCAACUAUGUGCAAGCCCUGUAAGCACACACCUUCACUCGCCAAUACACCAAGCAGCUCUCCGCUCACGUCACACACCCGCACCCAACCUGGCUAAUCCUCGUACUCCCUCCGCCCGCAGACUUAUCUAUUGGAAUUGAUGCAGGUGUCCCGAGAACGAUGCACUCUGGAUAAGAAUGGGUACGAAUAUUAAAAUUUUCAGUUGUACGUUACUGUGCUUUUGCGGAUUAGUGAUCUUUAAAUUUUCAAGCUGUAGUUUUUCUACCAGGCCAAAAAACGACGGCGACAUGUUUUGUAAUUUAUAAUAUCUGCACCCAGUGACACAUGAAUAUGAAUAGUCUGAAAUAAACGAUACAAUAAAGGAA